AUGGCACUCACAUCCACAGUAACCUCAACUCCUAUCGAAGCAAUUGCAAGCUCAUUUCUCGCAGUUUUUCUCGCAGAAAUAGGAGAUCGUACAUUCUUUAUCAUUGCAGUUAUGGCAAUGAAAAACUCAAGAUCAGCCGUCUUUUUAGGAAACCAAGUUACAGAGAGUGUAAUUGCAAUAAUUGCAGCGUUUAUCGGUGCAGCAGCCGUCAAACUUAUUGAUCCUCUCUAUAUCCAAAUCGCUUCCUGCGUGAUGUUCUUGGUAUACGCAAUUCUUUCCUUCUAUGAAGCUUACCAUGGAGAAGGCGACUCAGAUUCAGAAAAAAAAGAUCCUUUACUAGAAGAAAGCGGGGCUGGUGAGCAGGCAAAUGACCAGUUGUUAACAGAAAGCCCUCAAAGGAUGUCUUGGAUGAAAGUUUUUUGGAAGACAGCUAUAAUGGUUUUCCUCGCUGAAUGGGGAGAUAAAUCCAAUACAACUAUAAUUUCGCUCUCUGCGCUUAGUGACCCAAUUUUAGUUGCUAUUGGAGCUAUCAUAGGUUUUGCAGCUAUAGGCCUGAUCGGAGUAUUAGUUGGUAAACUUAUAGAAAAGUACAUUUCUGAGAAGACAGUAAAAAUUGCAGCAGGAGUUCUGUUCCUGAUUUUUGCUGGAUUUGCUCUUCUCAUGAUCUUUUACGAUUACGAAUUGUAA